AUGCGACCGGCAGACCCAGUUACGAAGUUCACGGUUGAGCUUCGUCAGUUGGCCUACUGCACCACGACAGACAUGUUCGACGAGUAUCUUCACAUCGGGAUUCAACUGGGCGGGAGUGUGGCAAAAUUUUGUGAGUGCGUGGUAGAGGCGUUCGACACCACAUAUUUGUGCAAGUCGAAUGCCACUGAUUGGCAGUUCUUGAUGGACAUGCACGAGAGGAAGCACGUCUUUCUUGGAAUGCUAGGGAGCAUAUAUUGUAUGCACUGGGAGUGGGAGAAUUGCCUGACACCGUGGAGAGGCCAAUUCACUAGUGGGUAUAAGUGUACCCACUCGACAAUGAUCCUUGAAGUCAUCGUUGACUACCGUCUUUGGAUCUGGCAUGCUCACUUAGGCGUGGCCAGAUCAAACGACGACAUCAAUGUGUUGAACACGUCGUCUCUCUUCACCGAGCAAUGCAGUGGGAGUGGUCCAGUUUUGGAGUUCACUGCCAACGAACGGCACCAUCAUAUGGGGUACUACUUAACAAAUGGCAUAUACCCGAGAUGGCCAAUUUUUUGA